AUGCAUCUCCAAUCUCUCAUCGUCCUCCUUGCUGCCGUUGGCGCAUGUCAUGCAGCCCCCGCGGAAAAAUGCAGCCAAGGCACUCAGUCAACCGGGCCAUGUCUGUUCCCAGAAGUCCUUAGGGAAUGCUCUAGUUACGCCCCAGUUGGUGUAUGCCACGGGUAUACCAAAGCAAAUGGCAAUGCUGCAGUUAUUAGGAAGAGUAGGCAUAAGCGACCUAUACUACCACGCGAGAAGUUUCGCGAAGCAGGUCACCUGGGCUAG